GGAGCUGUGACUUCCGCAACCUUCCUCGCCGCUCGGAGCAGUCUCGCUGUGGAGGUGGUGGAGAACUAGUGUCUUUGCCUGUUAUGGCGGCUGCCGUCUCUAUGGAGACAGAUGAUGCCGGAAAUCGACUUCGGUUUCAGUUGGAGUUGGAAUUUGUGCAGUGUUUAGCCAACCCAAAUUACCUUAAUUUUCUUGCCCAAAGAGGUUACUUCAAAGACAAAGCUUUCGUUAAUUAUCUUAAGUACUUGCUUUACUGGAAAGAACCAGAAUAUGCCAAGUAUCUAAAGUACCCUCAGUGUUUACACAUGUUAGAACUGCUCCAAUAUGAACACUUCCGAAAGGAGCUGGUGAACGCUCAGUGUGCAAAAUUUAUUGAUGAACAGCAAAUUCUACACUGGCAACACUAUUCCCGGAAGCGGAUGCGCCUUCAACAAGCCUUGGCAGAGCAGCAACAGCAAAAUAACACAUCAGGAAAAUGAAAAGCUGGAUACAGACUCUUAAGACUUGUAUAUAAUGUAUUUCUUUUGUAUAGCGAAGACAAAAGACUUCUACCUACCUCUAUUGUGGUAGCACCUAAAACCUUUAGUGUGUUUUUUAUCCAACUAACUUUUUAUUGUUAAUAGACUAUUUCUGUUAAACCAGAA